AUGGCCACCUCCGCCUGCACGUGGCCAAGAGCCGUCUUCACCGGCGGGUCGCCCGGCUCCCGGCGGGGAGGGCUGGUAGAGACGGCAGUCAGCCUGUGGAGAGACGGGCUGGCUGAGACCGGGGAACUAGGGGGCACAGCGAGCGCUCUUCCCUCUGGCGUUGUGAGUGGUCAGCGGGCUUCUUCCGCUGCAGGGGGCCAAGGACUAGGGAGAAGCCCUUCCAAGUGUCCUUACACGGGCUGGCCGGGCCUGGGCUCCGGGGGGCUCCGACUGCAGGAGAAGGGCUUCCUUGGCCCCUGCUGCCCCGUGACUGAGUCCCCGAGUCCUCAGGGCCCCGCGUCCAGGCUUGGGCCCGUGCCACUUCCAGCCCCAGCCCCGGGCCCCACCCUGUCCCAGGCCCCGAAGGUCUUCGCUUCUGUGCGGGCUGCUGCCUCCCGGGAUGGCCCUUGCUCCUCGGCUCGUUCCGCUGUGAGGUCCUGUUCACCCUGCUGGUUUACAGAAAGGAAGGUUCCUUCGUGGAACUUGUUUGCCGCCCUGAAACUCUGGAAGGGACGCCUCCUCUCCUCCUUUCUAAAUAGCUCGGGAGGCUGGAAGCCUGUUUUCGUGGAAACGCAGCUCUUCUUGCGGCUGUUGACUGCCUUUCUGUGCAUCAGCAGAGGUGGGUGGGAGAGACGCUUCCCCUCCCCCCAGGCAUCCCCUGAAGCCGCCACAUCUUGCCCGCCCCCCAUGCUGGCUUCUUGGAGAAAUGACCCACGUGACCAGGCUCAGGCCUGUGACAGUCAACAGCACACACGUGGUGACAGGGCCUCGAGAGGUGAACACCUGUGUCGCUGUGCUGUGUUCUGCCACCACAUGGGGCCUGUCCCCCUCCACUCCAGCACCGCCUGCCUUUGGCCUCGAGAGCCUGGCGGGAGUUCGAAGGUCGCCUCUCUGUUUUCUCAUGGAACCGUUUCCCCCUGUUUGUUCCGUGAUGGUGCUUUGGGCAACAAAAUACAAAAUAUCAACUCAGAGUGA